AUGUCUUUCGGUAUGGCAGAGCAACAACCAGUGCGUGCUCAUGACCAUCAGCUCGAAAGCAUCACAGAGGAAAGGAAGAUUGAGCAUCAAAGCACCAAAUGCGACGUCGAUGGCCUUGAUCUCGCAACAUCACCCAUCCUUGAGCUCGACCGAAAGAAUCUGUUAAUCGUCAAAGACGGUACGGUUCGUGUCGCCGAGUCUCUCGACCGCGAGCAACAACAAUUUGACACGAACGGAGAAGUCAUCAAGGCAUCCGGUACAUGGACAAAGGACGAGCACGAUCGUUUUCUCCGUGCAAUGGAAACAUUUCCAAAAGGUCCAUGGAAGGUUAUUGCCGAGAUGGUGGCUACUCGCACUGUGCGUCAAACGCAGACGCACGCACAAAAGUACCGCGAAAAGAUUGCGCGACGUAUGCGUGGUCUUCGUAAUCGCAAUGGUACCCUACAAACUCCACCAAUGUCGUUUCAAGGUAUGGCAGGCUACCAUCCCUACACCAAUACGCAUACCCAUGUAUACCAACAUGGCCCUCACCCUGGUUACAUAAACCCAAAUCCGGCUCAUCUAGUGUCAGCACAAAUGGGAACGAUCCCACUGUCUCGAGCUUCUUCUCUGCCAGCUAUGCCUCUUCAUCGGUCGUCACUUCAUCAUCAUUCUACUACGUACUCAUCUACUCCCAUGUCAGCUUCAUUUAAUACGGACUUUAACCAGCUAAGCACGUCUACAAUUUCCAAUGCAUUCCUUAGUAAUGCUUCAUAUCCUGCAUCGUGGGGUACGACCAAUACUGAAGUCAAGCCCGGAGUACCAGACUUUGACGAAUCGAUGGACUUUCUGAUGGAUGUGUAUUCGACGAAUCCAAACCAGAUCACCACGAUAUCGCCGGCAGGACAGAUUGUCACACCCACGGCUUGUAACCCACGUACCCCUCAGACUCCAACGUCAUCUAUGGUGGUGAAGCGACACCCAGGCUAUGGUUACAUUCAGCAACCUCAAUCACAGGAUGCAAAAUACUUUACUCGCAUGAACAACGACUAUGAUUCAGAGCGAGAAGCAAAGGGUAUAUAG